AGCGCAUGAGCAGAUACGUGCGCUUCCGGUUAUCGUACAAAGCCUUUUGGUUAUUGUACAAAGAUGAUCGUGUGCCAGCCGCUAAUUGAGAGCCGUGCGAUAGACUCACCUCCGAUAAUUAAGCACACGGGCUAAAUAUAUUUUCAUGCCCAGUUACAAGAGGAUUUGCCUCGAAUAAUUUCUAUUAUUUACUCUUAUCACUGUGUUUGCGAUAAUUAUAUUUGUUCAUGUUUAUUGAAUAAAAAAUGUUGGAUUAAAACAAGAAAUAUACAGUGUUAAUCAGUGCUCGUGUUCACAUGCUCCUGCUAUCACCUCGCCUACUAAGUUCCAACACAAAUCAAAUGAACUUGUAAGGUCAAGUUGAAAAAUCGAUAAGUAAUACUCAUUUUUUACUCUCUCUGUUAAUAACUCUGUAAAAAGUGAAGACAACAUGGAAACUGAAGAACACAGAACACCUAUACAAAGCUUUUACGCUGGACAGUCGAUUUUCAUUACAGGAGGUACCGGCUUUCUUGGCAACACGUUGACAGAAAAACUGUUACGAAGUUGCCCCGAUAUUUCUAUGAUAUAUCUGCUGAUACGGUCGAAAAAAAAUACGUGCCCCAAAAGCCGACUGAACGAAAUGUUUGAAAAACCCCUUUAUGAUCGAUUGAAAAAAGAAGUACCCAAUUUUCGCAAAAAAGUCGUGCCAAUUGUAGGUGAUUUAAAUAUCAAAGACUUUGGAUUGUUAGAAAGUGACAAGAACAUGUUGAUAAACGAGGUGUCUAUAAUUUUUCACGUAGCAGCGAAUUUACGUUUUCAUGAGAAAAUAAAAAUUGCUACAAUGAUAAACGUUAAUGCUACCGCUACUAUCUUAAAACUCGCAAAGCAAAUGUCAAAUUUAAAGGCAUUUGUUCAUGUAUCAACAGCAUAUGCGAAUUGUCAUGUAAAUCACAUCGAAGAACGAUUCUAUUCGUAUCCCAUUAAUCACCAAGAUCUCAUCAUGUUUACACAAAACUUACCCGAAAACAUAAUUAAAAAGAAAAUAUCUAGAGUCAUAUCACAAUGGCCGAAUACAUAUACAUUUACGAAAGCGAUUGCGGAAGGGUUUCUCAAAAACGAAAGCGAAGAUUUACCAGUUGGAAUAUUUCGACCUGGAAUAGUCAUAUGUAGUGCUAAUGAACCACUCGCCGGAUGGAUCGAUAAUUAUUAUGGGCCGAUAGGUUUUACAGUGUAUUUACUUCGUGGUUAUACAAGAAUUUUCGGUUGUAAUGGCGAUCUCAACGCUAAUCUAGUGCCCGUCGAUUUGACCGUAAACGCUUUAAUCGCUAGUGCAUGGGAUGUCUUUAACCAACGUUGCAGGUAUGAUCUAUUAUAACAUCAUUGCAACUAG